UGCGCUGGCCACGCGUCGGCACGCUCGCCCCGACGAGAUUUCCCGCUGCAACAGCCUCCAUCUCGAGGAGUCGCCUCCAGCCACGGAGUUCGAAGCCCCCAGGGGCUCCCAGGGCCUCCCCACAUCCACAGGAGACCGGUGCAAAUGCCGUUACUCCGGGAACCAGCUUGAGGAGCGCCGGAGACCGUACCCUGCAGGACGUGGCUUCUAGAGCAGCCGGGAUCCAAGCCUCGGUGUGUGACCUGGGCCCUGAACUACGCGGCUUCUUGAGCAGCCGGAGUCCCAAGUCUCCGCGAAGCAUCUGGUCCCUGUACAACGUGCCUUCUUGGACAGCCGGGGUCCAAGCCUCGGAGUGUGAUCUGGGCCCUGAACGACGCGGCUUCUUGAGCAGCCGGAGUCCAAGCCUCCGUGAAGCAUCUGCUCCCUGUACUACGUGCCUUUUUGGAGAGCCGGAAUCCAAGCCUCGGUGUGUGAUCUGGGCCCCGAACGACGCGGCUUCUGCGACCGAGCGCAGUCGUGCACUGUGUCUCGGGUUCGCGGUUGUGGUCUUCGGUCGGACGAUACUCCAGAUCGGAUCCCGCGAGCCUGGACUGUGGCCAUGGCUUUAUUCGAAGCAACGCUUGUGUGCUGUGCUCGCUCGAAAACGGAAGAUUCCUUUUAGCCGAGGUAACCUUAUUUUUUGCAUUCGUUUGUAACGGUUGGACUACGGAUUUCUUAGCGUCUUCCAGAAGUUCUAAGUUGUGGAUCCACAAGCCGACGUAGAGCAGGUUCGGUGUUGGGUGAAGAUUCGAAUGUUAUUUUGAUUGAGAACGUUCUUUCAAGAAUCGAUCAUGUAAGCACGAUCAGCCGCGAAACGUAUCGAGUAAACAGCUGGUUGCGUCAUACUCUCAAGGUCAUUCCAAGUAUUAAAACGAUAGUUAACCCUGUGACGACACGUAAUAUUUGAGAUUGCAAUGCGUGAGAUUAGAGUACGUGUUUUGGAACUUUUCUCAGGGUUUCUCGGAAACACUGUGUGUAAAGGCCACUCGAGUUAAGUUUGUUUAAAAAACAAAUUACCUAGUUCAACAAAAAGAAACAUUGUGACGUGUCUUUGCUUCACCGUCGAAGGUCGCAGAUUUAGUAGUACCACGUGAUUGCAGGCCAGCCAAAUUUCAGCUAACGUGAGGAAGUGCUUCGCAGCGUGACGUUUUCUCGUCUGACUCUUAAACGACGCUCAGUAAUCCGCAGCGGUCUGCUUCCAAAGCUAUUUCGUCACCCUUACUGAUGUAGCUACGCACGUGCAGGCAAUCCGUCGAGUCAGUGUCAUCAACUAAUAUACUUUCGAGAGUACGAUAGCGAAGCUUUUUGUGUUCACCCGAAACAGCGUCAACCAGUCUCCACACAGUCACGUUCGGACAGACGUUCCGGAGGAUCGUGAAGUCGAAACAUCAUCUCGCCCGACAGCCCGCCAAAGUCUCCCGUAGCGCACCGGUGCCUCGAAGAUAUUUGGUGCAGAUCAGACGAGGCCUCUUCUGCACCUCACCAACGAAGAGAUACCGUCGUCGUCGCCUACCAGAGGUACACAACCGCACACCGGGACCUUCAUCGCCACGUUGGCACCGACGUGAGUGCGUCUUCACCAUCAUCGUCCACCAGAGGUACACAACUGCACACCAGGACCUUCGUUGCCACCCUGAGCUGAGAGAUCGCCGCCUGUCAGGAGUCAUCCACGCCAGGACCCAGGAUGAGCCUGGUGGGAGGCUUCGCCCCGACGGCCUUCGCGUCCCCCGAGCCCCUCUACCCGGCGUACUACGGCGCAGCCCCGGCGGGCGCCGAGUACCUGGGCUGGCUGCUGGCCGACCAGUCCGGCGCGGAGCUGGGCAGCGCGAGUCCGGCGUCCUGUUACUCGGCCGGCGGCAGCGCGAGGCCCCCGGACGACCCGUGGGCCUCGCCUCACCCUCCGCCUGCCCCGCGCGGGGUCAAGCGCCGGGUGACCGCCAACCGGAAGGAGCGCCGCCGGACGCAGAGCAUCAACAACGCGUUCGCCGAGCUGCGCGAGUGCAUCCCCAACGUGCCGGCCGACACCAAGCUGUCCAAGAUCAAGACGCUGCGGCUGGCCACGUCCUACAUCGCCUACCUGAUGGACCUGCUGCAAGGGCCGCCCGGCUCGGCGCAGGGCAGCUGCUUCAAGGCAGAGCUGCACGGCAGGGAGCUCAUGCACCGGCCCGUGGGCUCACCCGAGGAACGGCGUCGCAAGGACCUGGCCCACGCCAUGCAGGCGGCCCAGUCCGAGAAAAGGGCCAGAGGCAGGACCGGCUGGCCACAACAUGUCUGGGCUCUUGAGCUCAAGCAAGAUUCCUGAGGAGUGUCCACUUCAAACGUCUUCCACAUCAGCACAGCUCUGGUCUUCUGCGCAGCGUCGCCCUAUCAACAGCAUCGCCUCAAGCAAGCUAGACAGGGCAUCAUCUCGGCCAUUACGAGCAUCAUCCUUCCGACAACAUCCUCUCAAGGGGGCCUCAUCUUGACCAUCACGUCUCUUCAGCACAUCGGUGUCCCCAACAAAAGAAGAUAUCACGUUUUCCUGGAGGAUACCAAGUUGGAAUGUCCCUGCAGUUGCAACACCCGAAUGGAGGAGCAAGAACGGACAAUGUGGGAUAAGUCUAAAAAAAUACUACAGAGGGGAAAAAAAAAGUCGGCAAGAGUACCAUGGUUGUUGCUUGCGCAACAACCGCUCACGACGACGGUGUCACGAGGGCGUGAUCUGGCUACGUGAUGAGACUAUGAUCAGCAGUGGCGAAGAUGGCCGCGUGCGAGUUGUGAUAGUUUUGAGGGUGUCAGGACUAGGAAGGCAACAGAGAGAUCGCUUGACGACUGAGGGGCUCGCUCAACCGAAGCGUCUGCGAGAUUCUGGGUUGGGAGAUGGGCCUUGUCCCGAGACGGUGGUGUUCGACGUGUCUACAAAGCGGCCUGUUUGUCGCGCCGCCCUCUUCCGAUGCCAGACAGAACAGCGAGUCACGUGCCCCUGACCGUGUGAAGAGCGCGGGUCGAGCAGCACUGGGCAGGAGCAGACCGCGCAUGACUGGACCCGUAGUCGAGAACGUGGGUGCCCACGGAUUCUCCGGCCGCCAUUCGCGAGGAGGUCGAGAGAAACACGCAUUUGCGCGAAGCUCGCUUUUGGCGAAACACGACACGCGAAAAGAGGUGUUCUUCGUCGUACCCCUUUCCCUGGGCAGUGAGACUUCACUUUUUUUCCUCAACUUCCGAAAACGCCUGCAGUUUUUCUCCCUAAGAGGCAAUAGGCUUGCUUCCAACGUUCUUUAUGCGAGAUUCUUUGAAAAACUACAGUCAUUCGGAGAACAGGUGACAGCGAGAUCAUGUUUCAGCGUACCAAGCAGCCGCAAUAUUUUCUUUGAACAUUCGCUACCUUCUUUGGGCCCACUGACACUUUUUCCGCCGCUUUAUUUUCAACUUUGUAAUACGUCUACUGUCGUUGCCGUGGUUCACUAGUUAUUAUUAAUUCGUCUGAGCUUGUAAAUUGUUCUUGAAAAAAAAAUGCUUGUUUUCGUUGCCUGCGCAGACGUUUUCGCUUUAAGGGCUCGUGGUUUCUCGCAGUUUACUAUACCAAAGACAGCUCUUCACGUGCGCUAAUUAUAGGUGAUAAUAUUUUGUAAGGUCAUUGAGAGACCUCACCAAUGCCUGGUACUAUAAUACUCAGAAAUCAACACACACAGAAAAAAAAAACGUCGAUGACUUUCGCUGAAAACAGCUAUGGUCUCGUAGUGUCGACAGCCAGCAUGGAUGGUCACUAUAGCUAGAGACAGAAAACGUAGCGGGGAUCAUUUUGCAAUUGCAAACCCGACUUUCUUAUUUUUAUUCUCAGGGGAGAAAGAAAUACCGUAGACGUACCAUUUUUUAUGUUUCCGUAUUCUUUUAUAAAGGUUAUGGCCUUAAUUACGACGUCAGCGUUCUUCGGGUGCGCGCUUUCUCUGGAGUGCAAUGUUUUAAAGUUUCGUUGGUUGGUUCCUUUUAGUAUUUUUUUUUAUUAUUAUUUGUCACGCUCACGUUUUGUUUUGGAAUAAAAAAUUAUAAAAAAA